AGGCAAUAUUGUGUGUACAGGGACUGUAGCCAGUGAUAAAGAUGUGGACACUUAAGAUCUUUGUAUACGUGGCUUUAGCUUUGGAAAGUCGGUGUGAGGCAACUACCGAUCAUGUGGAUAUCUAUCUGUGUAACCACUAUGAAGACAUGAAUUUUGUUGGAGACUUGGCUAUAAGUUUGUAUUUCGGGUUUUUGCCCACAAAAUAUAUAGGCAAACCUCUGACUUGCACCGUUAACUUUAUCAACCGUGACUCGUAUUGGAGGGGCUUUUCCUUGAACAUUCAGACGAUGGAAAUUGGCUCUGGUAAUGCCGACACAUGUGACGAGACCCUACAGAUCGGCAGAAAUCUGUUUUGUGAGUCCCUGGUCGAUUGCUAUGUGGAGAAAAACGGCCGCCUCAACGAAUGUGACACGUGGGUGGCGAGCAACGAAAACUUCACCAUCCGGUACCACACGGAGAACUACCAAGCUCCACCGAAAUUGAAGGCUGAGAUUGAAUCUGUUAAUGUUUUACCAACUACGAAGUAGCUGAUGAAAAACAAUUUUUAAUGACAUUUGAAAACAUUUGAAAGAGACAAACUAUCAAAAUUUUUGACAUGUACCACUAGUGUGAUGAUAUUGCCCUUAUUGCUUCUGAGCGCUCUUUAUUUGAAGUAACAAUAAAAAUUAAAGCAGUUAAUCUUUCUAAACUGAAAAUCGUAAUAAUUUAUGAGAAAACGUUUGCAAAUGUACAUUUGAAAAAUUAUCUUCAAUGAGACUAAAUGUCUGUUUUAUUUCAAUACCUUAUUUCUCAAUACCAAUUUUGAUUAGCUUUUUAAUUUAGAACACCACUAUGUGUUUUUUACUAUAAUC